AGUCGAUCGUUAAGUCAGUUCUUUCGAGUUGCUCGAAGACGUCGGUUGUGACGCAGUUUAUCGUUUUCGUUGUUUAGUGCACCGUUCUUCCACAAUCAUCUUAAAACGUCGGGGAACGUGUCCAAUCGUUUUAUUUCUUUUCUUCUGCUCUUUUUUUUCGUUUUUUUUUUUUUUUUUUCCUUUGCUUCUAAAUAUUUUCAUCCUCGACCAACAUUUUCAUAAUCUUUCCUCUUCUUUUCUCUUUACCUUUUCUUCUUCUUCUUCUUCUUCUUUUUCAUUUUUUUCUUUUUCCCCUCCGGUAAUGUACGUUCGCAAUUGUACUUGGUGGAUGCGUGAAUUUGACAAAAGCAGGUCGGGCAGGUCGGUCGAAUUUGUGAGAUAAAAAUCGAUCCUGGGUUAGUGGGUUCUAAAUAAGAAAGAAGAGAACGAAGGGUCGAGAGACAAAAAGAGAGAGAGAGAGAGAGAGAGAGAAAGAAGAGGACGAAGGGAGGAAGGACUGUGGUUGCCUCGACCUCUCAGAUGAUCCAGGUAUACUGAUCUAAUAAAUCAGAUUUUUUCAUCUUCGAAGCACGCAAGAUAAGACCGAAACAAAAAUUUUUAUUAUUAUGAUUACGUGGAUUGGUGAGACCUAACGAAACAAAAGAAAAAAAAAAAACGAAGAAGAGAUUAAUGACAAUUAUCACGACUAUCGUAAAAAUGCAAUGACAAGAAACAAAUGAUUUAUAAUUGAUUCGAUCUAGUGAUAUAUUAUUAUAAUCCCUAGUGGAGAGAUAGAUAAGAUAAUCUAGUGAUCUAGUUUGGUUAGUUAACAGAAAAAAAAAAUAUAUAUAUAUAUACGAAAAUGACUACUGUCUUGUCCGAUGAGGAUGGCGGGGGUGGGAACGCUAUGAAAUUGAAACAAAAACUUUUGAAUCGUUCGAAUGUAAAGGAAGAAACGCGUUCCUUUUUAAACUUUUCACGUGAAAACUUGAGUAUAUCGCAGGCUGAUUUGGAACGGGGCUUUAACAAACAACGUUUCAGACCAAACAAAUAUACUGUAUUAAGUACAGUCGCAUUGUUAAUAGCACUUUUAUGUCUCGCUUUGGAAACAUGGAAAUUACGUUGUUCGUUGGUCAAUUCUCGUGAGAUCGAAGAAUUGAAAAGAGAUGUUAAAAGUCUAAAACAUAGAUUUUUACAACAAGAUCUUUUGGACGAAUUGAAAGCAUUCGAGGAACAGCUUUAUGCCGGAGAAUCUGCAGACGAGGAAGAUCCAGGUGAGGUGGAUAUCGAUAACGCAGAAUACGAUUCGAAUUACGAUGACGAGUCUUCAUCCUCGUCAUCAUCGUCGUCAUUGUCGUCUUCCUCGUCCUCGUCAUCGUCGUCGUCGUCGUCAUCGUCGUCACACGAUUAUUCCAGUGAUUAUCGCACCUUAUCCAUUAUUUCAAAGAACUCCGACAUCUCUAAAGGAUUGACUACUAAGUCAACAAUAACAAAAACAAAAACAACGACGUCAACGUCAACGUCAAAAUCAAUGUCUACCGAUUUCGAAUCGACGUCCACUCAGGAUCCUGUUUCGGAUAAGGCAUUGGUUGAAUUAUUUGCCGCAUUAAGGAAAGCCGAAGCUAAGCAAGGUGAAAAAUUUGAAAAAAAUGUCCGCGAAAGUCAUCGUAAUCUUGAACGUGAACGUUUCGAGAACGUUGAUUUACUCGCGAACAACGAGGACAAUAUAAAAGAAAGAUUCGACGAUGAUCUUCGUAAUAAGGAAAAAAAUCUUGACGCCGUUGAUCUCGAUCCGAUCAAAAGGAAAAGAUCGAUAAGGGAGGAAAAUCAUUCGGACGAUGGUGCCGUUACGAAUAGAACUUCACGUCAAAGAAAUCAAACUCAAAGAAAAAUUGGAUCGUCGAGGCAUCGUUUUCAUAACAACGAUGAUUCUGGAAAAAUAGCGAUUAAUGAUCGUUCUUUGCCCGAAUCAAUCAUUUCCUCGGAAAGACAUCCUCCAAAGAAAUUUAACUCCCACACGCAUCCGGAAACGUCUCGGGCAUUUCCUUCGAGUCGCUACAAUGACGAUAAUUUAAGCGACGAAAUUGCUCGAUCAAUUCUGCAGCCUGAUGAAGGAGAAAAGGAUUAUACAGAUCGAGCCAAUUGGAAACAAGCUCACGACAAUAUGGAGAUCUCAAACGUUUCUAAAGGAUUACGUCGAGCAGUUAAUAGACGUCAUUUGAGAGCACCUCGUCAGGUUUGUGCAAUACAUUAUGGCGCCGAUAGCAUAUUAUUCUCUGAAGAUGAUGAACAUACCGGUAAUGGCCGAGCUCGUCAUGGAAAUGGUAUCUUCAAAGCUUGGAGACCAAGCGACUGGGUAUCAGAUUUAGGGAUGAAUAAAUAUUUUGCUUUAGCCAAUGACGGUAAACUCACUGUCCACGAGCCUGGAUUAUAUUUGGUUUAUGCACAAAUUCAUUAUUUGGAUGAACACGAUGAAAAUGGUUUUCAUUUAUUGAUAAACAACAGGCCAUUGUUUCAAUGCACGAUCUUCAGUCCGAGCGUUGGUCACAAAAGUCGAUCUUGUUUCUCGGCACAGGUGACCAUUCUUCAAGCUGGAGACAUUUUGAUUCUUAAAGACAUUGGUAUAGAUAGAUAUACACUUUUUCAACACGACAAGAGUUUCUUUGGUUUAGUUAAAUUAGGCGAGUCCAGACAGCAAAGGCAUCCAUCAACACAAUUACCACCAUAGUGAUGAUAUGAACGUCUUAUCGUCGUUUUUAAAAUUAUAUUUAGAUCAAUGUAAAAUCAACGGGACGUAUCCCCGUUCUUGUUUUUUCUUUUCUUUUUUUGUUUUUCAUGAAAAAGAAUGUAAUGUACAUACAUAGACAUAAUUUGUUUGAUAGAGUUUUCUUCUUUUCUUUUUUUAAUUUUUUUUUUAAUUUUUUUUUUUUUUUCUAUAAUUGCUCAUGAUUUCAUGCUACGUCAACAUUUCUUUCAUCCAUUUCUAACGCAUAACUUUUAUAUACAUACCACGUAUACAUGUAAUUUCAUUAUAUAUAUAUAUAUUUUUUUUUUUCCGACAGUAUUUCGAUAUAACGCGUUUGAUGUUUAUUUUACAAUAUAAUUAUAAUAAAAUGGUAUGUAAUGUUCAUCAAUAAUAUCUUUGUUACAAUUUCGU